AUGGAAAUCAUGAAACUGGAGAUAAUAUCCAGACAAACCAUCAAACCCUCCUCUCCCACCCCAGAUUCCAAAAAAAUUUACAAGCUCUCCUUAUUAGAUCUACUUACUGCUAAUCGCAUUUAUGUGCCUAUCAUCUUCUUCUACCAGAACAAGGAAGGGGAUAACUCAGUUGAUGUCGCCCAAAUAUCAAGUGUGCUCAAGAAAUCCCUAUCUGAAACCCCAACCCAUUACUAUCCACUGGCUGCAAGGAUGAAAGAUGGAGUUACGGUUGAGUGCAACGAUGAGGGAGCCUAUUUUUCCGAAGCCCGAGUUGAUUUUCACCUGGAAGGAUUUCUAAAACAUCCGGAGGCUCGGGAUGAUUUAGACCUGCUUGUGCCAGGGGAAAUCCAAUCGAACAGCUCGGACAUGGGCAGUUUACUGCUUAUUCAGAUCACCGUUUUCAGCUGUGGAGGAAUUGCGAUUGGGCUGCGUUCGGUACGCAAGGUUGCUGAUGCCCACAGCAUAAGUGCCUUCUUAAAUGACUGGACCACGAUGGCACCUAAAUCUGGUGAGGAAAUCUCCGCUAAGUUAACUACUUUCUUCCAACCCGGUGAUUCAUUGAGCAUGCCUGAAGCUUAG